CAUAUAGUUGUAAAAAUUCAUCAUCCAGAAUAAUGUCUACCAGCGUUGUCAUUCCUGCGUUCCCAGUCUCUUGUUUGACAGAUCCAUCAUAUGAUGCAGUUUUGCUAGUGAAUGAUGAUAUAGAACAUUUACCAAGAGCUUUACAACUGGCUUAUAAGCCUUUGAAGGAGUUCUCUGAGGUUAAUCCUAAAUUUUCAGAUGAAGUCAGUGUGAUUCCAUUCCCAGAACAUCCAUCAAAAAGAUUAAUAUUUAGUCCAACUGGUCGGUUAAAUACAGAUGAAGCGGACAUUCGUAAUGUGUAUGAUGCUGCUGUGAAUGGCAUGUUAAAAUUGUUAAAAAUAGGCUGUAAAUCACCGCUAUUAUGUUGUGGAUCAUUCAUAUCAGCACCGAAAGAUUUUCAGUGGUGUGAACGUAAUUGUUUAUUACUAAAUGCUAUAUUGGGAGCAUAUCAUGCAUUGUAUACACCUCUUGAAGUUCGUGAAAUGAUUCCCAAUAAAUUUCCUAAAGCUAUUCGAUUUGGGGUGAUGGAAGCUGAUGACUCCUUACUAAAUAUUGCUAAUGCUAUUGAAGAAGGACGAACAUUAGCACGAGAUAUUGGUGGUUCGGAUCCUGAACGAAUGGCAGCCCCAAAAAUUGCUGAAUACCUACAAAAUGCUUUAAAUGGUCUUAAAGGUGUUACAGUCACUGUCGAUAAGGUUGAUGCUAAGAAAUAUCCAUUAAUGGCAGCGGUAAAUAGAGCAGCAUCUGUUGUACCUCGUCAUGAUGGGAGAGUUAUUCAUGUUGAUUAUAAACCGUCGAAUUCCAAAGAGAUCGAUACAUCAUUGUUUCUUGUCGGUAAAGGUAUCACUUUUGAUACUGGUGGAGCUGAUGUUAAAGCCGGUGGAAUUAUGGCUGGAAUGCAUCGAGAUAAGUGUGGUGCUGCAGCAAUAGCUGGUUUAAUGAAAACUAUCGGAUUACUACAACCAGACGGUAUAAGUGUUUCAGCAGGUUUGGCAUUUGUGCGAAAUAGCAUUGGUUCUGAAUCAUAUGUUGCUGAUGAAAUAAUCAUUGCACGUUCUGGACAACGUGUACGUAUUGGUAAUACAGAUGCUGAAGGUAGAAUGGUUAUGGCUGACUUAUUAUGUGAAGCAAAAGAAAAGGCACUUACAACUAAAAAUCCAUUUAUAUUUACCAUAGCCACGUUAACUGGACAUGCUAUUCGAGCCUAUAAACAUUUCACGGCUGUGAUGGAUAAUGGUCCAGCACGAGUUAAAAAGGUAUCAUAUGAAUUACAAAAUUCUGGUGAUCUAAUCUCUGAUAUUGCGGAGAUUUCUACUAUUCGUAAAGAAGAUUAUGCAAUGAACAAGGCUAAAAGUGAAUAUGAAGACUUAUUACAGUGUAAUAAUUUAGCGAGCAGCGCCACACCACGAGGUCAUCAAAUGCCAGCUGCUUUUUUGGUUGUUGCUAGUGGUUUAGAUAAGGUAAGCGUUGAAAAGUAUGAUAUAAAUGUUUUUAUUCCAUAAUAAGACUUUUUAAAAAAUCAGAAUUGGUUUUUAUUCGUUCGUUGCUUUCAUUGAGAUUUACAACUGAUUGUCAUGAUUAGAAAUAUUUUCUAUGUCGUAACCCUUCCAAAAGAGGUCGGUAAUUGAUUAUUGUCUUUUCAUCUUCAUAAGUUGAUAGUUACCAGUCAAAUUUGAAAUUGUUAUGAAAGAUUCAGCCAAUCGGUUAUAUGCAAUGUGGUGCCUGAUACAUGCACGUCGUCUCAAUUUACCAUACCACAUGAAUAAGGACUGUUUUCACUAGUUUCAUAUUCAAUAGACUGUAAUAAUUUGGGUUUCUUCAAAAAAUGGAAUUUAUUUAAGAAUUAGAACAAUAAACUUGUAUUUUCCUGUUUAUUCCUAACUGAUGCAGUUGUUUCUGUAUAAGAUAAUUAUAAGUGUUGUCAAGAUAUUGUCGUCAAUAAUAGAUGAUUUGGACGAACGAUAUUGAGGUCAAGUAGUAUAAGAAAAGUAGGUUAGUUGACUAGCUCCCGAAUUUUUGUGCAUCUGCUAUGAAUGUUCACUUACUUUCCAGUUUGACGUAUUGAACUGGUUGAAAUAUGAAUAGGUUCAAAAAGAUCGAACCAAGGUAUCGGUAUUCCAUGGUAUUACAGAGUAUUCCUUUGUAGUCGUUACAGAAGUUGGUUGUGCUACGACGACAUAUUGAUCUUUAUGCAGAAAAGAUUUGCAAAUCAGAAUCCCAGUUAUAUUUCCCUACCCCGUGUAUGCUACUUCGUCUACAACCUUUCGUCCUAGGCUUUGAUCAAUGAACGCUUUGACAAGUAUGAUUAACCUAGAGCCGAGGUCAAGAUAGUCUUUAAUCCUAUUGAUCCAGCGAUACACAUCCUUUCUUCUAUCUCGAGUUCGAUGAAAGAACAUAUAUGUGCCUGGUCCUAUGUUGUAGCCGACUUAAUAUUGACUAUUAACAUCGAUCAAGACGAUUUGAUCCACCUCACUUUCAGAUAACAUGUCGCAGAACCUGAUCACAUUUUGCCAAUAGAGACUAAGUUCGGUUAAACACCUAUUAUUAUCUUCAAUCAUAAAACCAUAAUUAGGACUCAUAAAAUAUUCGUAUAAUGUGAUAUUUCAUUCUUAUAUACUAUAUUUACUUUACUGAAUGUUUUCAUUUUGUAUAUGUGAAUCAAAUGUUUUUCCUCUUUUUUUAUCAUAGCAUGGUCUUGAUGCCAAAGUGCAAAUUCCUUACACUCACGUAGAUGUAGCCGGUAGUGCAGGUGACAUUAAUGUAACACCGACUGCUGCUCCCUUAUUGAUGUUUGCAAGAAAAUAUAUUUUACCACGAUUAAGUUUCAAGUAACAAUUUGACAAAUAUAUAAUUUCUUCAAUUAUUCAGAAUAUAGUUUAACGAUCCUCAACAUAUUAAAAGACUGAUAUAUGAAUGAAGAAUAUUUUCGAUAAAUUCUCUUCACGUUCUUCAAUUAUAUAUCCAAAUUAAUAAUCCGAAAAAUUGGCCAGGUUAAAGGCGAAGUACAUCGUUUAAAGCAUGUAAAUUUAGGAUUAUCAAACGAAAUAGAAUAAAAUUGUUUAUGUUGAUAUGACUCA